AUGGUGGUUAGAGAGUGUUUGAGUUGUCGGAGGCACGACAGCCGUCCUUGCAGUCAACCUGUUGCCCCUUUACCUGACCUGCGAGUCAACCCUGCACCUCCGUUUGCAGUUACAGGUUUAGAUUUCACUGGCCCUUUAUUUAGUGCUGAUCAUCCAGGGAAAAAAUUGUAUGUGUUACUUUUUACCUGUGCUGUUAUUAGAGCUGUACAUCUAGAACUCACAGAGUCCAUGUCAUUGGUCGAUUGUAUGCGGGCCAUAAGGAGAUUUGUUGCUCGUAGAGGGAUUCCUAAUGUUUUCUAUUCCGACAAUGCAAAAACAUUUGUUGCAGCCUCCACAGAAGUACAGAAGGUGUUUGGUCAUCUAGCCCCAAGGUGGAAGUUUAAUGUACCAAGGUCCCCAUGGUGGGGCGGGUGGUUUGAGAGGCUCAUUGGUUCAGUCAAGCUAGCUUUAAGGAAGUCUUUGGGAGUUAAGUAUGUAAGCCAGUCUGAGUUAGAAACAAUUCUUAUAGAAAUUGAGUCGUGCAUUAACUCUCGACCAUUGACCUUUGUGAGUGAUGACCCAGAUUUUGAUCAUUAUCUAACUCCAUCACACUUUAUUCUUGGUAGGAACAGCACAUGUACACCUUCUGAUGUUGAUGAAUCCCCUAUUAUAAGCCCUGAAGACUUGUACAUUAGAAAGAAUAUAAGAAAUCAGAGGUUGGAACAUUUUUGGAAGGUGUGGAGAGAAGAUUAUAUAGCUAAUUUGCCCCCUGUAGUAAAAGGUUUCAACCAGAAAUGUAAAGUGGAUGUUGGUAGUGUUGUACUCAUUAGAGGAGACAAUGUACCCAGACAACGGUGGCCCAUGGGUGUGAUUGUUAAUGUGUAUCCCGGUAGAGACGGUGUGAUUCGCAGUGUUGAUGUUAAGACAGGAAAAGGCAUUUUCAACCGGACUAUUCAAACCCUGCAUGAUUUAGAGAUAAAUCCUCAUUUAGACACUGAUGUGAUAACUCCUCAACCAGUACUUCAUGAUCAGGCAGUACAAGAUGAUGUAACUUCAAGUGUAGCUAAUGAUGACUCUGUACAAGAUUGUGAUCCUGAGGAGGAGGAGGAGGAGGAGGAGGUAGCUGUUUAUACUUCAAGGGGUCGGCUCGUUAAAAGGCCUCACAGAUUAGAUUUAUAA